CGUUUAAUAUUGCGUGGGCAAAAGCAAGCGUUCAAUAGUUGCUUCAGAAAGUGUGCGCGCGCCCAUCUGCUGCUCAGUGUUGCAGGGCUGGCGGGGCUGAAACAUUCACUCAAUAUCUCUUAUAUCUGCUCUGUUUCACAUGUGACAUCGCUGACGGAUCGAACAGGGAUUUGUCACCAACUUGCUUUUAUCCCGUCGAGUUCAACCCUAUGAAAUACUCUCGACGCGUCGCCAUUUGGUUACUCGCGUUAUUCGUACACAUUAUUCAGGCAUGUGCGUAUUGCGCUAGGCUGGAGAUGAUAUCCGUGUGGCUGCUCUUUUUAAAGCUGCUGAGAGCUACAGCUGGUGUGAGAAGGUCAAAUGGAAGUGAACUAAACGAAGGCAAACCCUCUGUAAAUCAGCAACAACAAGAGCAGGAACACGUCUCUGAAGCAGUCACCAUGGAGACCAGCCAGCUUUCAGAAAUGGCUGAUAUAACCGACUGUAAAAUGGAUUCUGGGUAUGCAGAGGACCAGAAAUGCCAGUUUAGUGAGGAGGAGGAAAAGGAGGAGGAGAAAGUAAGAUUUGCCACAGAUUUCUCAGAGUGCCUGGAACCCACAAAGCUCCACUCAGAAGAAGACAUGGAUGAAAGCAAAGGCGUAACAAAUGAAUGUGAGGGCUCAGGUAAAUCUGAUGGGAGCACAGUCUCUCAAGAAACCAUUUCGGUCAAGGUCAGUGAACAAGAGCAGUCAAACUGCACCGAAUCUUUGAACUCUGAGUCUUACGAUAACUCUGCACCAGAAAAAGAACAGGAACUCAACAUUAGUAAUGAUUCCCAGGAGGAAAAACACAGUGAACCAGAAGAAAAUGUGGAUGCACUAGAAAAAUCUGUGUUGGAAGAGCAGAUCAAUGAGCUGACAAUUUCUGAAGUCCUCUGUGAUUCUUGUCUAGAUGUUGACCGAGAUGAUCUCAGUGAUUGUCUGCAUGUGGAGAUGGCUAUUAUUUCAUCAGACAGUGAUGUGGAGGAGCAAUGGAGACCCACAGUUGACAAAGAACAGAUUGGAGAAAAUGGAGAUCUUGAACCAAAUGUAAAUUCUGAAGACCAAGCAAUGCAGAAAGACAAUGCGGUGACUGAGAGCAAUGCUGAACUUGAAGAUGGUGACACCGACAUGAAAAUUAGUGAAAGUGAUAUUCUGGAACAACCCGAGUAUCUCACAGAAUGUGAGAAUGGGACUGAAAGCAAUGCUGAACCUAAAGAUGAAGACACAGACAUGAACAUUAGUGAAAGUGAUAUUCUGGAACAACCAGAGUAUCCCACAGAAUGUGAGAAUGUUACUGAAAGCAAUGCUGAACCUGAAGAUGGAGAUGGAGACACUGACAUGAAAAUUAUUGAAAGUGAUAUUCUGGAACAACCCGAGUAUCCCACAGAAUGUGAGAAUGUGACUGAAAGCAAUGCUGAACCUGAAGAUGGAGAGACGGACAUGAAAGUUAGCGAAAGUGAUAUUCUAAAACAACCCGAAUAUCCCACAGAAUGUGAUAAUGUUACUGAAAGCAAUGCUCAACCUGAAGAUGGAGACACCGACAUGAAAAUUAGUGAAAGUGAUAUUCUGGAACAACCCGAAUAUCCCACAGAAUGUGAUAAUGUUACUGAGAGCAAUACUGAACCUGAAGAUGGAGACACAGACAUGAACAUUAGUGAAAGUGAUAUUCUGGAACAACCCGACUAUCCCACAGAAUGUGAGCUGCAAGAUAUUUCUUUAGAUUCCUCUGCCCAUUACUGUAGUUUAACUGAGAUACCCGAGGACGAAGGAGAGCUUGUGAAAAGCUCAGUGCACAACCUCCAGCGCUUGUCCUGUUCAACAUCAGAGCUUGACAAAAAGUUACCACAGGACUUUUCUGUGGUUCAGGAAAUAAAAAGCGAGAAUGUCAGCACCGAGCAUUUGGAUUUCAGGGUGGCACGUCAGCAAUGGCAGAAGAUGGAAGAGCAAACCAAGGGUCAGGUGCAUCGGCCGAUGGUGAGACAUGGGCCUUGCCAGGGUGGUCACAGCUUCAUGUACACACCUGUGCGCAAUAUUGAUCGCCUGAGAAAAGACCCUGACACAGAGAGUCUUAGUUUGGGAGAUUGCCCGCAUACUCAGUUUAGCCCCUGUUCGGAGGACUCCGGUUUGGAUGUUACCAGCUACAGGUCUCCUUAUGAUGAACCGGAGACUCCGGUUGAAAGGGAGAUUCGUGAAGCUCUGGAGAGAGAGGAGAAUUUUAGACACGAGAGAGCAAAGGUAAAAGCCUCUGCUGGUGAGGCUACACAAGUUAAACCCAAGCCUUGUGCUAUUCCUCACAGCAGAUCAGAGCCGGGAGAAAGGGGAAGGAUGUUCAACACGCCAGAAGACAGAUGCAGGUCUCAGAGAUCUUCUAGUGCCAGAACUCCAACAUUCCCCAUCGCUGCUUCAUCUGCUCCCACGUACCAUGAAAUGACAGCCAACAAUGUCAUUAUACUCGAGCCGGAUUCCUACCCCACAAGCCCAAGGAACAGAGGGAAAGGUGGUCUGCUCUCUCCAGGGACAAGCAGUUUCCAAGAAUGGCCAUCAGACACGAACAACGUCAUUAUCCUGGAGACAUCUAAUCUCAUCAUCCGAAGCGCCUCAGAAUUUUGCCUGAGCACUGCGUGCCAGGAGACACAAGAGAGCACAUUUCACAACAAUCCCUUCUUCAAACUCCGCUCUCAUAGCACCCAGUCUCUGGUGGACCAGGAGAUCAAGAUAGUUAGGCAGAGAGAAGAAGAGCUCAGGAGGCAGAGAGCACAACUAUAUGCAAAGGAAAGAUAUGACACGGUCCUUGUUUCCCCCAGCCAAUUGCAGAAUUUCUCUUAUGAGAGACCAGGUGAGGCACCAACGAAAUCUAAGUCAUCCCCAUCAUCCCCAUCAAAGACACGCAAAAUGGACCGAUCCACUUUGUCCUGUGACAACAAGCUCCCCUUCCCUCGAGUCAGACGGAAAAGCGCCCUGGUCCAGAGAUGGGAGGCGGGCAUCUUUGCCAAUCAUCAGCAAGAAGACUGAAUGAUUUGACUAAACGAAGCACAUAAGCAAGUAUUCUGUCUCUGUUACCGUGCGAGCAUGUACACUAGUUUUAGAAAGUAAAGCUUUUAGAGUUAUAAUAAAAGAGAUAUUUAUUAGGCAAGUUAUAAAAAUAUUAAAACUUUUGUCACAGCACAACUGACCUUUUUACAGUGUGAAUAGUAUUUUCAUUCAGAAUUUUAUCCUGGAUAAACUUUUAUAUUAUUGCAUUUAAAGAAUAAUUUAUAAUAUAUUCUUAAUGUACAAAAGCCAAAUAUUAAGAUCCUUAUUCAAAUUUUACAAUACAUGCAU